AGUCAGUCGGUCCCUCCGCUUCGGAGCGACAGCAAGUUGACGUUGCCCCAGCUCAGGCUCCCGGCAAGCGCUCGCCCGCUCGCCCCAGGCCGGAGCCUCGCCUCGGCGCUCUCGCGGCGGCCGCGGCUGCCCCCCAAGCGGCGCGCGCUCUCGCUCCCCUCUGCCGCGGCUGCUUUGCUGGACGCGCGUUCCUAUAGGCGCUGGAAGUAUCCAAUCACAAGGAGCCCGCAGGCACGCUGGGGCGGCUUUAAGCUUGGCUGCGGGAGGAUCCCAAGGAAAAGUUUCCUCCGGCGGCGGCGGCGGCAGCGGCAGCAGACACGACAGCAUCCGUCGCCCGGCUCCUGCGUGACGAGAGCGAGAGAGAUUAUAAAUAUUUUUUCUCCCAGCGCUGGGAAGCUCUUCCCGCUCGGAUCCCUCGGCGCCGGCGUCGCCUUCUUUCUGCCCCGGGGUGCGCUGCGACGCGGCUCCGGCUUCCGCCGGGACUGUCGGGCGGGGGUGGGGCGGGGUAGGGGUGCCAGAGCAGCCCCCUCUCUUUGGGGCGCGCCCCGCCGAUCUCCCCGUCCCGGCCGGCGGAGCGAGCGCCGGGUCCGCGCCCCUGCGGCUCGGGGCCACCCUCGCGAGCCCGCGCGGCCGUCGCCAUGUCGAUGCUGCCUUCCUUCGGCUUCACGCAGGAGCAAGUGGCGUGCGUCUGCGAGGUCCUGCAGCAAGGCGGCAACUUGGAGCGGCUGGGCCGGUUCCUCUGGUCGCUGCCGGCCUGCGACCACUUGCACAAGAACGAAAGCGUCCUGAAAGCCAAGGCGGUGGUGGCGUUCCACCGGGGCAACUUCCGCGAGCUCUACAAGAUCCUGGAGAGCCACCAGUUCUCGCCGCACAACCACCCCAAGCUCCAGCAGCUCUGGCUCAAGGCGCACUACGUGGAGGCCGAGAAGCUCCGCGGGAGACCGCUGGGCGCCGUCGGCAAGUACCGCGUGCGGCGGAAAUUCCCUUUGCCGCGGACCAUCUGGGACGGUGAGGAGACCAGCUACUGCUUCAAGGAGAAGUCCCGGGGCGUCCUGCGCGAGUGGUACGCCCACAACCCCUACCCGUCGCCCCGGGAGAAGCGGGAGCUGGCCGAAGCCACCGGCCUCACCACCACCCAGGUCAGCAACUGGUUCAAGAACCGGAGGCAACGGGACCGAGCGGCGGAGGCGAAAGAGAGGGAGAACACCGAAAACAGCAACACUUCCACGAACAAGCAGAACCAGCUGUCCCCCCUGGAUGGGGCCAAGCCGCUCAUGUCCAGCUCAGAAGAAGAGUUUUCACCCCCGCAAAGUCCGGAUCAGAACUCAGUCCUCCUGCUCCAGGGCAACCUCGGUCAUGCCAGGAACUCCGCUUAUGCCUUGACGGGUUUAACGGCCUCCCAGACAACCCACGGCCUCCAAGCUCACCAGCACCAGCUGCAGGACUCUCUCCUGGGCCCCCUCACCUCCAGCUUGGUAGACUUGGGGUCAUAAUCUGGAGCAACUGGGAUGGGGGUUUAUCCCACCCUGCCCCACCGUGGUGGUGUGUAAAUAUGGGGACAGUGUCAUGAAUUUAUCCCCUGCCGCCAUUUUGUGUUCCCAGACCAGAGCUUACCUGGUGAUUCUUAAGUGACUUUUAAAGAUCUCUUUCGAAACAGUUAUCCAACCCAGCCCCCCACAAAACAAGCCUUUUCCAUCUCUCAUUUAUCCCAUCAUCCUCAUUAUGACUUAGCAGAAGCCAAAGAUAACACAGAGAGCAGGCGUGCCACUUUGCCGCCUUCCAUUUGUUUCCAUAUUUUGUAAAACGCUUGUCGGCUAGAAUGACAAAUGAUUUCUGUUGUUUUAUUUAAAAAUGGCGGUCAGCAUCACCCAGCAAAGUCAAGCACUUGCGUCCCCAUUGGUUUUAAAUAGGAGAGUUGAGCUUUGAAUAAAGUGCUUAACUUUGGCUGGAUUUUGUCUGUGCCCUUUCCUGCGCAGGAGGAAAUAAUAAUAAUGGUGAAAAAAUAUUUUAAGCAGGAGCCAGGAAGUGUCUUUACCUGGACGUAAGUCCUACUAAGGUCAAUGAGACUUACAGAACAAUCCUAUGCAUAUUUACUCAGAAUUCACUUAAAUGGGGCUAUCCUCCAAGCCUGCCUAAUAUUGCAGCUUUACUUUCUAGUAAGUGUGCUUAGGGCUGGUUUGAAUUCUUAGGGAAUAAGAGACUGGGAAGAGAGGGAUAGUGUAACAAAAUCUUUUUUAUUUUGAAAGGUUGGAGAUUGGGAGAGGGCGAAUUAAGUUUACAUUUUUCUUCUCGGUCAGAUGUAGUGUUCUGAAAAAUAUUUUGAAGUAGCUUAAAAACUGGAAAAAAUGAUGAUGCAGUAUUAGGUGAGGAGUGUAAGUGCCUAUGUCUUAAUGCAGAUGUGUGAGGCCUUUUUAUGUUAGAGUAAAUUUUAAGUGUGACCGUACAUUCAUGUCAGUCAUUUUUAUGUUUGUGGUGAAUUUAAGAAAUGAAUUGGUGCGACUCCUCUUUUUUUAAACCAAGAAAAACACUACCAAAACACAGUGGCAACAAAAGUAGGAACAAUUUAUCUGGACAUUUAUGUACCAUAAUCCACAUCUUUUUUAUAGGUUUUCUUUCUGUAUGUCUCACUUUCUCUUCCCCUCCCCCCCAGUUUGGCUUGCAAAAAUAUACAGAAAAAACAAACUGGCAAUUUGAUUUUUGUUACCAAUAGUAGCAUGUGCUUUUUCUUUCCAGGUUUCUUGUACCCAGAGAAGUUUAAAUUAAAUCAUGAUCAGAAGACAGAAAACACAAAA